UCUAUAUUAGUACAUUCCAUUUGAUUAGUUGUACAAUUGAAAGGCAUUGAUGGAACUCGAACUCGGGCUUGCUCUUCCCAACCACAACGCGAAUAACAAUGGAUUCAAGAUCGAAAAACGCAAGGAAUAUAGACAGAAACGGGUGUUUCUCGAAGAUCAUAGCGCCACCGGAGUUGAGGGCACGACUUUAUCGUUGCUCUCAUGGAGCGGCGUUGCAGAGAUGGAGGACGGCGUCGGCCGCCCUCCAAAAUAUAGGAAACUCUGACGGUGUCCACCGAAGAUUCGAGGGGUGGCCACCGACGGACUCGUCAUCCCAUCACCGUCGGUCACACAUGACAACUACAGAGCAAGUUGAGAGAAAGUCGAUGCACGUGAAGGUGAAGAUGGAGGGCGUUGCCAUAGGGCGGAAAGUCGAUCUUAGGGAUUUCGAUUCCUAUCAUGAUUUAACAAACACAUUGAUGGAUAUGUUUGCCAAAUAUGGUAAAAUUGAGAGUGGGGAAGAGUACACUUUAUUGUACUUGGACAAAGAGGGAGAUUGGAUGUUAGUUGGAGAUUUGGAUUGGGAGGAAUUUGUGGAAUCUGUCAGACGUGUCGAGAUACUAAAGAAUGACAACAAAAUGGGCUUUCGAUUAUUGUUGUCUAAGAAUUAAUACCAUACGAUGUGUAUUGCUUGUAUUUGUGAAGUAUUUCAUCGAAAAAUUUGUAUUUAAGAAUUCAAUUGUAUAAGGAAGUGUAAAGAAAUUGUAUUCAAGAAUUGUGUGUAAUUACAAGUCACGUCCAUAGAAAAUGAAGGAAUCGAAUCAGUUUAUUAGUCCAUA